UGAAGAAUAUUUUAUUCUCAACUUCGCUAAUUCUAAAGAAAGGGAAAUUUCGAGUUAUACAGUCUGAAGAUUGAGCUUCUGUUUCUAAAAUCAUCGAACGAAAAAGGAAGUGAAAUCUGUUGAAGAAAACUGAAGGAAAAGGUUUUUUAAUUUCGUUUUUCGUAUUUGUAUUUGUUUUUAAUUGUCUUGAAUCGAAGGUUAAGUGUUGGAAAGAGUGAAUGAACUAAGGGAAAGUGGAAGAAAUUUAGUUUGUCGAGCUUCUCGUGGAGGCAGUACAAUUGUUUAGUACUCAAACCUUCUCGGGAGGUUUGAGACAUGGUGUUUCUUUCGUGGAUUGCUCUGCAAAUUCAUCAGAGCUAGCAAUCUGAUUUUCAAGCAACUUUUCCCUGUUGGUUUCUCACUGGUGGAGCUCGUUCAAGUUUGGCCGAGUUAAAUAUAAAGUUAUCAAGACAUGAUGAUAUGGAAUAGUCAAGAAAUGACCAGUUCCAGUGCAUGUCCAUGCAAUAUGGAUUUGGGGCAUUCCAGCCUGCAUCUAAAUCAUUCGUAGGGGACCUUGUGAGCAUUGUUAACAUGCAAGGUGCUGGAAGAACCGUGGACCUUAGGAUGUCAGAAGUUAAGCCUGUCCUUAAUUACUCCAUACAGACAGGUGAGGAGUUUGCUUUUGAGUUCAUGCGUGACCGAGCAAAUUCCCAGAAACUACUCACAUCAGACCCGGUUGGUGACCCUAGUUGUGCAUCAGGUUAUAUGGAUUUAAAAGGAAUUUUAGGCCUUAGUCAUACUGGGUCUGAAUGUGGAUCAGAUAUUUCAAUGAUUAAUUCAAUGGAAAAGGGAUCAAAUGAUUUUGAGCGAAGAAACUCUAUACAUGGAGACAAAAAUAGGCAUGGACCAGCUCAUCAAAAAUCACGCGAGCCAACAGGAUUUCAUAGUGGUCGCGGAGUUGCUCUUGGCUACACUUCCUCAGGAACCUCUGAUAGCUCAUCAGCAAAAAUGAAAGUCCUCUGCAGUUUUGGUGGGAAAAUUUUGCCUCGUCCAAGUGAUAGUAAGCUGAGAUAUGUUGGGGGAGAAACACGCAUCAUUCGGAUAAAAAAGGACAUCUCUUGGCAGGAGCUUAUGCAGAAAACAUCAUCAAUCUAUAAUGAAACGUAUGCAAUUAAAUAUCAGCUUCCUGGUGAGGACCUUGAUGCUUUGGUUUCAGUUUCUUGUGAUGAAGAUCUCCAGAAUAUGAUUGAGGAGUGUAGUGAAUUCAAAGAUGAAAAAGGAUCCAAAAAACUUAGAAUUUUUCUGUUUUCAAUGAGUGAUUUGGAUGAAGGGAAGUUUUCUAUGGGUAAUGUGGAUAAUGACUCUGAGAUCCAGUAUGUUGUUGCAGUCAAUGGCCUGGACGGUGCUUCAAGAAAAAACUCAAACCUGCAUGGCGUAGCAAGUUUUUCUGCCAAGAACCCAGAUGAGGUAGAUGGACGGAGCAUUAAAAGGGGUACAGUUCUUGAGGACUUGGUUGGUGUCAAUGCAUUGGCCUUAGCUGGUAACAAUGCCUCAUCAUCCUUGCAGUCCUCACAACCUGUUCGGGCUAAUGCCUCUAGUGCUUAUGAAACCUUUGUACAGUCUUGUCAUGAACAUAUGAUGAAUCAUGAACCUAUGGAAAUUCACCAAGGUCAUGAACUUGUAAAUCAGCAGGGAGUUUCUCAUGAGCCUCAAGGACAAUAUCCAGAGAUAUCAUCAACACUGUUGAAGGGUAAGUUAAAUGAUUCAUAUGAGAAAGAGAUUCAUCCUGAGAGUGGCUGCUUCUCAAAUCCCUCUCAUUUGUUUGAUGGCAAUUCAAUUUCUAAUAAUACUUCCAAUAAAAAAUCAGCUCCAGAGCUCCAGGGUUCUGAAGGAUUUUAUUCAAUGUCUGUUUCUGGAAAUCCUAUAGUUUGUGGAUCGAGUGAUAUGGAUAAUAUGAUUCAUAACUUGCCAUCAAAUGCAUAUACUCAUGGUUAUAUGGACAGUGAAUCAAAGAUAGUUGAUUGGAGUGUCCUUGAGCCUCCAGCUGCUGCACAAAGAGUGUAUUAUUCUGAGAGAAUUCCUAGGGGGCAGGAGGAGUUACUGAAUCGGUCAUCAAAGUCUGAUGAUACACAUGGGUCCCAAUUUCUAAUCUCUCUCUCACAGACUGAUCAGGACCAGAUUCCAGAAUCCAUUGUCAAAUUGCAAGAUAGUAGUAAUUGCCAAGCUGAAAAUUCCAUUCCCAUGGAAAAACCAUCACAUGCUGCCUCUAAAGUCAGGAAUGAUGAGCUUCCUCAACUUCAAGAUGGCAGAAAUAUUAAUGAGGCAGUUAGUGGAAGAAAUUGGAAUAUUUCACAUGAUGGUGACGAUGAUUUGAAGUUACAGAACAACUUUGAUGUUACACGUGAUUCAAAAGUAGAUGGGAUUGUUAAGGCUGGCAAGGAGCUUAAUUUCCCUGUGAAUAGCAAUGAGAAACUUGCAGGUCAAGUAUCUUCUGUACACGAGGAUUCUGCAUUGGGUCCUUUACAGCUCAACUUGGGUGAGGUUGUUGGAAUGGAAUGUACAGACUAUAAAAGUCUUCAGCAAGCUCAGUUAGCUUAUAAGGAAGGAAGUUUAAUUAACAAUGUUUCUGAAAAAGCAUCCGGAGGCAUUGUUUCCAAACCAGUGCAAGGAGACAUUGUUAUAGACAUUGAAGAACGAUUUUCUCGUGAUUUCUUAUCUGAUAUAUUCUCCAAAGCAAUACCUUCUGAGGAUUCAUUAGAUAUUAGCAGCCAACUGCAAGAUGGAACUGGGUCAUGUUUCCAUAAUUUGGCACAAGAAAAGUUUGUUCAGAAUGAUGUUUCUCUUAUUGACCAAGAUCACAUUGGUUUUCCAUCUGCUCCUAAGAUUGUUGGAGAUGACUUUACACCUUUAACAACUAUAAUUCAUGAAGAUUCCCAUCUCGAUUUUGGUGAUGACCAGAAAGUGUUACAUAGGAUAGAUGGAAAUGACACCACUGAUUUUCUUUCACAUUAUGAUCAUUCCCAACUGAAUGGCAUUGAUAGUUCGCAGUUUGAUGCUAUGAUGGAAAACCUAAAGACAUUAGAGCAUGGGCGUGAGGGUGUUAAGGUAGGACACAAGGACAGUGGCUUACCUCCUCACGAUCCUUCUUUGGGAAAUUUUGAUCUUAAUACGUUACAGAUCAUAAUGAACGAUGAUCUUGAAGAGUUGAAGGAAUUGGGUUCGGGUACUUUCGGCACUGUCUAUCAUGGAAUGUGGAGGGGAACUGAUGUUGCUAUUAAGAGAAUAAAGAAAACCUGCUUUAUGGGUCGAUCAUCAGAGCUGGAGAGAUUGACUGUAGAGUUCUGGAGGGAAGCCGAUAUUCUUUCAAAACUUCACCAUCCCAACGUGGUUGCAUUUUAUGGUGUUGUGCAAGAUGGGCCUGGUGGAACAUUAGCUACUGUGACAGAGUACAUGGUUGAUGGGUCCCUGCGACAUGUUUUGCUCUCCAAGGAUAAGCAUCUUGAUCGACGUAAGAGGCUAAUUAUUGCUAUGGACGCAGCAUUUGGAAUGGAAUAUUUACACUCAAAAAAUAUUGUCCAUUUUGAUUUGAAAUGUGAUAAUUUGCUGGUGAACUUAAAAGAUUCUCAAAGACCAAUUUGCAAGGUAGCUGAUUUUGGCCUGUCAAAGAUCAAGCGAAAUACCUUGGUGUCUGGCGGUGUAAGAGGAACCCUACCAUGGAUGGCACCCGAGCUACUAAAUGGUAGCAGCAAUAAGGUCUCUGAGAAGGUUGAUGUAUUCUCUUUUGGUAUCGUCUUAUGGGAAAUUCUCACAGGAGAGGAACCAUAUGCCAACAUGCAUUACGGGGCUAUCAUAGGGGGUAUUGUGAACAGCACAUUGAGACCAACCAUUCCAAGUUACUGCGAUCCUGAGUGGAGAAGGUUGAUGGAAAAUUGCUGGGCGCCAAAUCCUGCAGAUAGGCCAUCCUUCACAGAAGUUGCAGGGCGGCUGCGUGUUAUGUCAACAGCUGCUAGCCAAGCAAAAGCACAAGGUCCCAAAAUACCAAGGUCAUAAUGUUUCAAAUGGAUUGUUUAGUUGUCAACAUGGUUUCUUAUAUAUUUGUUCAUUCUAUUCUACAGUCUUGGAGAUUUGUGUGUAUUUUUGUCAAUAGAAGGUAGAUAAGUGUUUUGGUGUGAAAUAUACUAUUGAAGAUUGAAUAUAAUUCUUUAUUAUAUUAUAGU